UCCCAUAAUUUUUUUUUUCGUAUGUGGAGUGCUUUGAAUUUCGUAUUUAUAUUGAAUUUUCAACUCGAUUUCAAUUCACACAUUUCUGCUAAACUGAACGGGUCCCUUUACAAACGAGCCUAUUUAUUCCGUGAGAGAUUGGGUGCCUCGCCGAGAUGGAUGCCUAUAAUAAGUACCAUAAAGGCUACCACAGCUACGCGACCACCCAGACGAACGCAUCCCCUCUACACAAUGAGCAUAAGCACAGGAAGCAACUGGACCAGUAUGCGGUGUCCAAUCCGAAGGAGUCGAUGCAGGGCAUGCUGAAGUCGACGCAACCUAAGGAGCUGCAGCAAAAGGCAACGCAGACAUGCUUACGUCACAACCACCAGAAACAGAAACAGAAACAGCAACAGCAACAGCGUCACCAUCAGCAACAGCAGCAUCAGCAUCAGCAUCAGAAAAUGGAAGCUCAGUUGAAUCGAGAUGCGAACAGAUUGAAGAUUGACCCACGGCUCCGCUAUGAGAAGUCAAAGUCAUUCUUUAAUAUAGACCAUGUGCCUCAGUCAAAAGGUACUUAUCGGCUGCCUCCCUUACCCUCGGAUGGGAAGCCAGAUCGAGAGGGCGCCGACGGAGAUUAUUUGCUGUAUAAAAAUUUGAGGUUUGGCAAGGAUUCGGCUCAUGCGCACGGCGAUCACGGCGAUCACAGCGAUCACAGCGAUCACAGCGAACAGCAGCUAUCCAUACCUCUUGAUCAGUCGCCAAGGAAGCCGAAUGCUUCGUUGUCUAUGUUCGAAUCGGCACGCGAGCAUUGCAGGCUAACCAAGGAGCAGUUCAGCGCCAAAUAUGGGGUCACAGAAAGCGGCUCCUCGAAUUCGGCGCGAACUGUAAUAACUACGAAGAGUGGGGAGAAUUUACGUACUGUGGUGCAGUCCCAGAUCGAAAUGCAGGAACUGCUGCAAAAGUCGAUCAGCAAAAUUAUGAUGCUGCCCUCGCUUGGCUUGUCGGAAGAAACCGAUUGCACUCAGGUCGAGCAUAGGAAAAACUACAAAAUCCCUGAAAGCGUGUCAAAAGAUAAUUCGGUUUCUAUUCACGUUCAAACGGAUAAAAGUAGUUUUAAUUUCUGUGUCGAGGAUAUAGUCAGCUCUAAGGUAAUUGCGCCCAUGAUGCGGCGUGUGCAGCGCAUGUAUCUCAACAAUCUGCAGGAGGAAAUGAAGCUAAUGGAGGAUCUGGAGCGAGUGCCGUGCCUGGUUGGUGAGCUAUACAGAUCGGCCGAUUUGACGUUUGGGCCUAGCGAAGACAAGAAAAACACAAAAGACAAAUUUUAGCUUGUUGUUACAUAUAUAUAUUUUAUAAUCAUAUGCAAAAAAAAAAACACUUAAUCAACAGUUUUCAAAAUAAAGCGCCAUUCACGCCAUUCAAAACA